AUGCGUCCGACCCAACUCAUCACAUUUGCGCUGGCUGCACUGGCUGCAGCCGACUCCAGCACAACCACCGUCAACUACUUCGGACUGGAUUCCAAUGUCAAUUCAUAUGGUGCCGAUCCCGGUGCCUACACCAGCACCGCAGCAAGCGUUGUUGGCAGCGAUAGUACAGCCACCACCUACGAGAUCGAGUGUCUGAAGGGCGCUGAAAAAUGCGCUCUCCCCCACCCGAUCACCAUGAUUCAGGGCCCGGCGACAUACAGCCUGUCAGGUGAAUAUAGCAUCGUGACCAUGGGCGCAACGGGCAUCAUCACCGAUAUCGAAGAAUGUGUUUUCACUCACUCCUCUGAGUCCGUGUCUUGUUCAUGGAGCGUCGCAUUCACCGUCUCCUCGGGCGACCUGACCGUUUCAACUUCCAUGUCCAACUCGAGUACUAGUAUUGCGCCGGAAUUGGUCAGCUGGCGAACUCUCGAUGUUACGGCUGGCGCUGAUGAAGUCACUUCUACUUCUUCGGGGUCUACUACUGAGGCUACGGGAGCGACUACCGGGGCUGCGUCUACUGGUGCCUCGACGGCCGGGGCCACUUCGACCGAGGCUAGUUCGACUGCGGCUAGUUCGACGGGCGCUGCACCUCGCAUGAAAUCUCUGGCCACGGCUGCGCCGAUGGGAGCUGCUGUUGCUGCCAUUGUGGCUAUGUUUUGA